AUGGAAGAAUAUAACUCCGCAAAAACUAAUUAUCAAAUGUUGAAUAGUUUAAUCUCAUCUUACUUAUCAUUAAAAAAUUCUGUUAAAUCUAUUGAUGAAUAUGGUUUUACUAUCGAUGUUAAAACAAUUAAUACUCAAAUUCAAACUCAAAUUGAUAUAAAUUUGAAUUUAAUGAAACAAUAUAGAAAAGUUAUAGAUAGAUAUGAAGAAGAUAUUAGAGAAUUUAUAUUAUGUUUUUUAGUUGAAAAAGAUACUAAAAAGGUUCGAUUAUCUAGACAAAUUAAUCUAACAAAAGAUUAUUGUGGUUUUAUUCAACCCAUUUGUGGAUUAAAAGAAACUCCUGAUAAAAGUUUUGAAGAUUGUGUAAGACAAGGAUAUAAAGAAUUUCCAGAUAGAAAAAAUUGUCUUUAUAGAACAGCGAUAUAUUUUUCUAUUAUUGAUAGUAUAGUUCCUCAACGAAUAGAACCUGAAAAAAAUGAAGAAUGGAUUGUAUAUGAUUUAAAAGAAUUAUCAAAUCUCAAAGUUACACUAUCGGUAGAAACAAAUCUUAAACAAAUCACUGAAGCUAUUCAAAAUGAAUUCAAGAGAAUUUCUAGAAAAUGUAAAAGAGUUAACAUUAGUAAAACUGUCACCAAUUCUAAUAUUA